AUGCAGCUCCAGCUUCCGUAUCGUGAUUUGUUCUCGAGUCCAUCUAUACAGGUUUCUCUAUGUCAAGAUCCUCUGAAACACCUGGGUGUCCAUUCGAUUGAAUACCCAUGUUGGUCAGGCUGUUCAAUAUGCGGUCCCGGUAGUCCUGGGGUGACUCGGACCGAGAAAAUACUCCCUUCCGUUGUCACGAGCCACCGAGAGGAAAGCUCAGACCCUCCCUUAGACAAUAAUACCAAAGUAUGCAUUAUCGGGGCCGGAAUUGCAGGUCUGUAUAUCGCGCUGGUUUUGCAAGAUCUCGAGAUCCCAAAUCUUUCCUGGGAUAUCCUCGAGGCCAACCGGGAUCGCAUUGGCGGCCGCAUUUAUACCCAUCGCUUCUCUGAAGCUCACAAUGACUACUAUGACGUGGGUGCAAUGCGGUUUCCGGAUAUACCCAUCAUGUCUCGGGUAUUUGAUCUCUUUCGCCGAAUGGAAGUGCCGUUGAAGGAAUUCCAUAUGCGAGAGAGAAACACGAGCACGAAGAGCUAUGAUAUCUCCAAGACCGAAGAUAGCACAUCUGCCAAUCUUCUCAGUCGGUCUUUCGGUCCGUAUAAAAAGGUCAUGCAAAAGGACUUUGUGCAGGGGUUUCAACUCCUGAUGCAAGCCGAUGCAAUGAGCACCCGCGAAUACCUCCGAGGCAGCCACAAGUCAGACUUCACGACAAUCCAGUCAGCCGAGAGUGACACGACCGGCACGGGCAUGUUUGACCAAGCUUUUUCAGAGAGCGUCAUAGACUCUUUUGAUCUCGAUCAACCCGCGACAGGGCCAGGGGAUAGUGGGCAAAGCAUGAAAUGGUAUUCUGUGGACGGCGGCUCUUCGGUGGUGAUUGAGCGAAUGUGCCAUCAAAUCAACAGGAACAGCACUAUCGAGCUAGGGAAGCAAGUUCGUCGCAUUGCCAUCAACAGUAGCGCCGAACUUUCGGUAUCGUGUGCGGGCGAGGAAAAAGCUCGCGAUGGGUACGCCACGGUGUUCAGCACUACCCCACUGGCAUGUCUGCAGCGCAUUGACACUGGGUCACUCCAACUUGAUCCUAUUCAAGAGGAAGCUAUCCGGUGUUUGCGGUAUGAAGACUCUACUAAGGUGGGUAUCAAGUUUGCAUACCCAUGGUGGAUCGUAGAGUGCGGGCUUCGAGGGGGCGGUAGUGCCUCGUCAACCCUCCCCUCACGGACCUGCGUCUACCCAUCACAUAUCGACGAGGAAAGCUGGGACCAGCCAGCCGUGUUGCUGGCGUCGUAUACCUGGGGCCAAGAUGCCACUCGCAUGGGGGCUCUGAUCAACCCGUCCUCUGCCAACUCUGAUGGGGGAGAGGACGGGGAGAAUGAUCUGCUGGAUCUUGUCCUCCGCGAUCUCGCCCAACAACAUCAACAGCAUGGAAUCACGUAUGAAAAGCUGCAAAACUUAUACCGGGAUCAUCACGCCUUCUGCUGGGGCAAUUCGCGCUUUUCAUCGGGGGCCUUUGCGCUCUUUGGCCCGGGGCAAUUCACCAAUCUCUAUCCUGCCUUGUCUCUCCCGGCAGCCGAUGGCAAGUUCCAUAUUGUAGGGGAGGCCGCCAGUGUCCAUCAUGGGUGGGUGGUUGGCUCGUUGAACAGUGCAUAUGCGGCGGUCUAUCGAUUCUUGCUUCGAUAUGGACAGCAACGGGCCAUCCAAAAGCUGAAGAAUAACUGGGGGAGCGUGCAUGAGUUAGAUCUCGCGGGUGUUGCUCGUCUUGAUGAGUUGAUGUGA